AAAUGGAGAUGUAAACCGUAGGUUUCUCCCUUGGGCCUCCAAUUUUUUUGAGGCUAUACAAACGUUGAAUAUAUGCAGCGCUAUCAACGGACAGCUAUGCAUUAACUGUCAAAACAGACCGACCUCAGGCUGACGCGACCCUCAGACGGCAGAAUGUUCCGGCUUGGGAACAUCUCAACUUUCAACAGGAAAAAAAAUGGGUAUAAAUACCACUGGAAACGAGUAGCAGAGGGCAUCCACUCUCAUCUGAAGGCAGUCUUCUCCUGGAUACAUUGCUACUACACAUUUUUCAUCUACAAGCAUGUUCAUUCUACCGAAAACAACUUUCCGUGACAGGGCUGCGGCCAACCCGAACAUGACCGAAACGGAAAUCCUCAACUCUGGAAAUGUUCAAACUGAGCCUGCUGCGGAAAGCGACGUUACUAUCGUCGGAGGGGGUGUUCACGGACUCAUCUAUGCUAUCCAUGCUCGCAAGGUUCAUCCCGAAGCCAAUUUGAAGAUCUCCGUCUUCGAGAAGGCCCCGAAGCCUCAGUGGAAGAUUGGCGAAUCAACCCUUCCUCAUUUCGCUCAGUGGACUAAAUCUGCAGGAAUGGCGGCUGAGUACCUUUUGCGUUUCUUCGGUCUGCACAACGGACUGGAGUUCUUUUAUCUGGAUCGCGAGAACCCUGAUACCUAUACUGCGUUUUGCAACAACGGACCACCACCUUUCCUUGCCCCAGGAUACCAGCUCCAACGAUCCAUGUCUGAGCUUGUCUUCACCGUCUUCGCACAGCGCCUUGGCGUAAAUGUCUGGCACGGCCAUGCUGCCGAUAUCCAAAACACUAUUCUCUCCAAAGAUGGAGACAGUGUUCCCAUCGUCCGCCAAUCUGACAAGACCAAAUCAGUCGUGUCGAAAUCUCCCCUCGUCGUCGAUGGAACUGGUCGUUUCCGUCAAUUAGCCAGCAAAGCGGCUCGUGUCAAGCGAUUUGAAAACUUCAAUACUGACGCCUUCUUUGGAUACUUCGAGGCUUUGAACGAGGAUGCUAUUCCGGAUGAACUUGAAGGCUUUGAAGGUGGCCACACUAGUCACAUAUGCUUCCCCGAAGGCUGGAUGUAUCUCAUUCGUAUGCUUUCUUGGCAUGGAUCCCCAAUGGCCAACCUGCUCGACAUGAUCAACUACGUUCUCGACCACGCCGAAUUAGGAACUCCCCAUGAUGAAAUGCCCUCGACGUACGAAUUGGCUAAGAUGUUCGAUUGCAAGACGAAGUGGAUUUGGAGUAUUGGAUAUGCUACUCGAGAUGAUACCACCUAUCCCGCCGAUUUAGCUAGCUACGGUUCAUCUGAAGGUGAACGUCGAUUCAACUUCAUCACGAAGAAAUACAAGAAGCUCGGCGACGUUAUGCGCCACUUCGCCCUGCUGCCCGACUAUCACGGCCCAGGAACCUCAUGGUACAUUCGUAAGCAACUCUCCUACCAGUCGCAAGUCGUUUCUGGUCCCGGAUGGGUCACUAUUGGCGAUGGCAUUGGUUUCACGAACCCCCUUCUGAGUCCUGGAAUCAACGCUGGAAUGGCUUCCUCCACAUUCGCUGCUGAUCUGACAUUGGCCAGCCUCAAAGCCAAGUCGGAGGAAGAACGCCUUGCAGUAUGGAAGAAGUACGAUGAUUACUGUGAUGGUGCUGUACCGUCGCUCCACCUUAUGAAUCAAUUCCUCUAUCUUACCUUCAUGCACCCAAUGCUUGGUCCUCGUGUCGGAUUCUUAUGGACCAUCGUUAUCGGACACGCUCUUCCCAAGUACUCUUUGCCCAGAUCGGCAUUCACAGUCGACAUGAAGAACUUCGCCGAGUACGCGACUCACUGGCUCUGGGGCUCUCAGGUCGACGAUUGGGUCAAGGUCGCAGAAUACACUAAGGCGAAACUCAUGCCUCUUAACCUUGAUGAACCCGUUCCCCAAGAAAUUGUCGACGAUGUAAUCAACUUUUCGGAGAAGGUCAAGGAUGAGGCACUUGCAGCUGGCAAGUAUCAAGGAUUCCCCUUCCGUUAUGAGGGAGAGCUACGAAACUUCGGUCCAAAAUUGGAAUGGGACGAGAAGAAAUACGCGAGUCAAGAUCGAUUCCACACUCAAUGCAGAGAAUGCCGCACUUGGAUUCCUUCCCGAGGGGACUGGAGAAAGUGCACUGCUUGCGGUGUUAUCCGACCAUUCGAAGAUUGCGAGAUUCAGUGGAAUGUUCCUCCAGAUGACUAUGAACUCAGCAAAUUCGCCAUGGUUGCCCCGAACCUCAAAUCUGUUGGCAAAGUCCUCGAAGACUGGGUGAAAAACCGCGAUAUGAACUGUCAUUGCAACCCGAUGCCAAUGGAGAGUGGAAUGGGUAUGAUGGAAAACGAUAUGAGCAUGGAAAACGGAAUGGCGAAGGCGAUGUAAUAAUUUUAAUUU